AAAGAGCUCCAAACUUUCGAAUCACAAAUUUUUUUAUUUAUUCUAUCUAACAAACUUUAUUCAGUGGCAUUGUGUGUCUCAAGUUUUUGUCGCUAUUCUAAAUUUAUAUUUAUUUAUAUUUAUCGAUAUAUUCCUUUUGAAGUAAUGUAAUAAUAAUCGCGAAAUGUGUGUAAAAAGAGUCCUGAUUAUUGAUAGAAACUCAGUUCGCCUUAUCAUGUCGCAAAAGAUCUGUACAUUUUCAAGAAUCAAAUGCUUGGCCUUCAGUGGUUGAGAACAUCUUCUUGUAUCAAAAGGAACUACAUAAAGGGAUGGUUUACGAUAAGCGCAGCAUCUUACUUUGGUAUAACAACUCACAGAGGAGGGACCCUCCCAAGCGAGACACUGUUUUUAUUAUUAUAAAAGGAGGCAUUUGAUUAUUGUUUUUAAGAUAUGUAACGAUUCUUCAGGAGCUUUAUUAUUAGAGGAUAUACCUAAAUCUGGCGAUUCUGAAAAAUAUGAUUUUAGAAGUUUUACAUUUAGAUUUCGAUUUUGAUUGCAUUCUUAAGUGUAUUUACGAUAAAUCUCACUAUCUAUAGUUAAGAAACAUUUUGACUGGUCUAAGUUUAUUAUUUUUUUGAGUAUUAUUUGUUUGUUUUGAUCUAAAAGAGUAUAUAGUGAAAAAGCUGGAUAAUCUAUCAAAAGACCUACCUUGAAUGUAUUUUUAUUGUGAAAAUAAAAGCUUCACAGAUCGCGUAUUUCAUAAUUAUAACAAGUACAAAUACAAAAUGUUUGAAAUAAUAAAGAAAUAAUUGGGUCUUGUAGUUUUACACGUCUGAAUCUGCUAAUUAUUAAUCAAUUAAUGUCCUCGUGCACCGCCAUUCGUUGCAACAAUCCCAUUAACCUAUGUACAUAACCAGACGCUGCUUCUAAAAUGUCCUGAUUCUUUUUAAAUGAGAAGUUCAGUUAUUUCCAAAAAUAACUUAAUUGAAUUCACUCUUGAUAAGAACUGCAUUUUGUCCCUAUUUUUAUUUUGUCUGUACUCGUGAUCCAGGGAUAUAAACAUCGGCGUUUCAUAAUAUAUGUAGUAUCAGACAAUUUGCGAGUUUCCGCAGCUACCUUCUAAGGCAAGAAGGGUCAAAGUUAUCAUACGAUUUUUCCCACCUGCUGGUUUUUGCUAAAAGAUGGCAAGCUUUAUCGUUGUAAUGUAAAGGACAGUGUACGGUAUAGUAACACUAGUGAAACUAGCUGUUUCUGUUCCUGCUCACUUGAGAUUGCAAACAAACUUCUUCGGCUGUGUUGCGAUACCUUCUGAGUAUGUGAAAAAUUCUUCUCCAAUAACAAUUUCUAGUAGAAUUUUCAGGGAAAAAGUAAUUUUGACUAUUUUACAAGAAUUGUCAUACUAGUUCAUUCAAUCGUAGGAACAACACAUCGGCAAAAAACAAUUCAAGAGCCGUUCAAAACGUUAUCAUGUAUUGGAUCGAACGAUGGUGUUACGCGUUGUAUCUAGAAUCGAGAUAUGAAUAGUAAAGGUGCGCAGUAACAUUAGUCUAGUUUACUUCUUUGAAAUGUAUAGAUUUGCGGUGAGGUUCAACAAACCACCAUCAAACGCGGCCGUCAUUAGUGAUAGCUACAUCAAUGUGUUUUCUACACUUCACAUGUGCUGCUUCAAUUGUGUCAGGAGUCUAUUACGGACAGGUUUGUCUGUACGAAGUCUUUGGCUGUAAGAAAGUGUACUACGGUUAAGAAGAGCCUGCUGCUUGAUACUGUUUGAUUGCGCGUCCAAAUAAACAGCCAUAAAAAACUGAAGAAUCAUUUGAGUUUGAGCAAAAUUGAACUGAACAAAAUGCGUCAAUCGAAAGAGGUGCAAUUUCCUAUGCCUUGGGGACAGAUGGCUGCACAAGAGUGGGGAGAUCCGAGCUCGUCAAGGAAAGUGCUCGCUGUUCACGGCUGGAUGGACAACUCAAACACAUUUCUUAAGUUAUUUCCGCUACUUCCCUCGAACCUGCACAUCGUUUCGGUGGAUUUGAGCGGCCAUGGACUGUCCAGCCAUCGCCCACUCGGAUGUACAUACACUAUUCUUGAGCACGCCAUUGAUCUCAAGAGAUUAGCGGACCAGUUACACUGGGAGGGCUUCGCGCUUAUAGGCCACUCAAUGGGCGCAAUGAUCUCCUUGUUGUUAGCUGGACUCUUCCCUUCACUGAUUACACAUUUUGUUUCACUCGACAUCAUCACCAUCAUGAACUGCUCUCUCAAAUCACUACCUGAGAUGACUGCAAUGACAGUGGGUAGCAUGCUCUCAUUUGAGAAGAAGCAAGGUCAACCCCCCGUAUACAAGGAUCUCGAAGAAGUCGUCAACCGCCGGAUGCUGACAACCCCUGAUUCCUUAGCGAGGGACAGCGCGGCAAUUAUAAUGCGAAGAGCAAUAGUCGAUUAUCAAGGAGGAGUGGUAUUACGUACCGAUCCUCGACUCAAAUAUACACGAACUCUAAAUUACUCCUUCGAAGAUCAAUACGAAAUUCUUAAACGAUAUCAGGGUCGCUUACUCGUACUGAGAGCUACCGGGGAAACUCACAGAGAUUUGAAAGGACUCUCCUACGAAAAGUUCGUUAAGCUGUACGAGGAAAACUGCCGAGAGUUUAAGCUUGUUAUGGUUCAGGGAACGCACACGGUGCAUCUUGAUGAGCCUGAAAAGGUGUUGGACCAUAUAGUUAAUUUCCUAGAGACUUAUACGGGUAUGCCACUUUCAGUCCCCAACGGUAUCGGGGAGCAUGCAAAGCUGUGAGAUGACCACACUGCGCAGAAAAUGCCUUUGAGCAAUCGUGAUUCAAACAGCAUUCGAACUGUUGAUCAAACUUCAAGGAUAAUUAUAUUGAGUUAACUAUAUAUACAAUUUCACUAUUUAUUCGUGUAGUAAGCUGUGCUCACUUCUUGUUGGAAUAGUCUUUUAGGGAAUAACUCCAUCUCUUAAUUUGCAAAAGUCAAAGGUCCUCUCGAGACUGACAAGCCCGAAUGUCUACAAUGGAAACCCAACAGCAGUAUGUUAUAUAGUAGGAACAUUGUUAAGUUAUUACCCACCGUUGUCUACAUAAAUUGUGCAUACGUUCAUUUUACAGAAAAGGUAAAUAACACCCCAAGAUUUAUAUUCGUUUUAAUACGCAUGCUCCUUUAGAAAACUAUGAAUUCUAAUGUAAUGGCUCCUCAGCCCCCAUCUCUGGUAUACGACGUGUUUUCCUUUAAGCCUUUCGCACAUCUUGUCACAACGAAGAUGGCAAAAAAUGAAGUUUUAUACUUACAUACAUCUCUAGCAAUUAAUAGAAUUCAGGUAAUGGCUGACUUUUUUCAAUACAUCUGCGUCUCAUCCUGUUUAUCCUUUUUGUUUAUACAUACAUCCUGCGUACUGAAACAGUGUACGUGACAUUAGUCUGACAUGAUCAUCCAGAUCAGCUAAAAAAAAUUAAAUAAAAGAUCCAACAUAUCACUUAUACUGCAUGAAAUAAUGGUACCUAAGGUAGGCUUCUAUUACAUGACAGUACGUAAAAAAUUUAAUAGGAGCCUGCAAGUUGAUAGAAUACCUGCACCUACAUUCGCAGAUCAGUGGUGACGAAUUUGCGAAGAGGAGUUGCCCUUUGAGAACUUUGCAACUAGCCACUGAGAAUGUAAUGUGGAAAUUACCAAAAUAUUAAAAAAAGAAUAUUUGGUUAAUUUGGAAGCCUAUGAAACCUGCAUGCAUGCACGUGAUAACUACUGCCAGCAUCCCAUUGGACAAAGCGAACAAACUAGUAAUCACUGGACAGCAGCGUAAAGUUUAGGCAUUACGCGCAAUUUUGUUGCCAAUCUGGAUAGUUCACUGCGAUUCUGUUCUCACAAAUCAAGCCGUUUUGAAACCUUCUGCGUAGUUUUAUACGCUGUAUCAUGGGUUACAGAUGAGUGUGAAUCGGGCAUAUUUAAGACUAAACAAUAAUUCAUUUUACGUUUAUUAAACAAUCUAUAUAUUAUUUAAUUGAUUAAUAGAGCAUACUGUCGUUGUAUAUCUAUUUCUCUAUUUAACUCCUCUAUCAUAUAAUGGUUAUUUUUAUAGGAAAUAAAAUUGAGUUGUUGUUAUAUUGUUAAUCUCUUUUGUAUUAAAUUAUUAGCGGUCUCUUAAGACGGAUGUACUGUCACAACCGAACCCGGCCUGCUUUGAAAUUUUGAAAUUGUUGGGAUAGAUUGGAAGUUUUUUCAUAUUUCACACACUUGCCCGGACCCUGGCAGCUUCUGGAUGGCCAUAUACUUAGUAUUCACGUUCCCAUAUGCAAUUUCACUGCCUAUAGCUUCUCAAAGUAUCGAUAGUGAGAUAUGCUUGCUUAAUAAUUGCCCCUUGUUAGAGCAUGGAGAAUCUCGUAAUCACACGAAUUUAGAUCAGGAGAAUAAGCGCGUAAAAGCCAACAUUGGAUCUUAAUCUAGGGAGUAAUUGAGGUACAACGGUGAGGUCUGACAUUGUAAUCAAGUAACCAGACAGCGUGCGUCAGUUGUUCCGUAAUUAGUCCGUUAGAUAGUAGGCUACAUUAGUUGUUUCCUUUUCGGCGACUAUCUCAUAAUAGCAGAUAACCCUGAUGUUCGUAGCAAGUACGGCAAUUAAUUCUAAUCACAUAAGUCAUUUUUUCAAUGGCGCUCAACGCUUCAAUCUCUGUUCUUGAAAAGUUUGCGCUAUUCACGUAUUGUUCUUUCCCAUGGAACCUCCUUGCCUUAUGCCCUUACCAAUUUUAGAUUUUCGCUGCCUUAAAUUUAAUCACUAAGCGUUGAUUUUCAAGAUUAAAGGAUGCUUUUUCUUUUAAAUUCACGUCUUUUUGGACUUCUACGCUCAGUAUCGCCGUUAGGCAUUCCACCAGAGGGUUGCCUCCUAGCACGAAAUUAAGUCUGUUUAUGCCCAAAUUAAAACCUAGACCACAAUGUGUCCCCAAAUACGUUACUUACUAAGCUAUCACGGGGAUAAACUCACUUCUCCUGAAGUAAACUUAACUUAAAAGUUUACAGAAGAUAAGAAGAAGUAUUUCGCAUAACUUCCGUAAUUCAAAAGUUAUUCAGUUUGAAAGUCCACCCAGAUCAGUUA